AUGGAUCUGAAGAAGGAAUGGAUGGUCCUCUGGAAAGAUCCAAGAUCCAUCCAACAAAAAGAGGCUGACGUACGCGUCGUGUCAACAUUACCCAAUCAACCUUCUGCUUUCCGGCUCGAGACAUCGCCGAGGGCGGCGGGCACUUUCUCAAUCCAAGCUUCUUUUGGUCGGUCAACUUGUCAACUUAUACGCAACAAGUCCCAACGCAAACAGCAACACCUCAAGAAGCCUCGCUCCACCAAAGCCCCAGCACCAACCACCGUUUCAGUCAACAGCACACCGGUAGCCCACGACGGAACACCAAACGCCGACGCCGAAGCAAGGCUCCACGCCGACGCCGCUAGUGUCCCUGCCCUUCGUCGUCACGAGUCUGAUUCCUCCACAGACGACUCCUACUCCCUCUCCGCAGUCAAGCUCCUAGCCAACCGAUUCUCCAGCCUCAGCACCACUGCCUCCGAUAGUGACAACGAAGACGACGUCUCUGCAGUCACCAACCCAACUACCAUCAUGACUCAGCCAAGCGUUGACGCCGAAACCACCAAAGUCUCCUUUGCCACGGAUAACAUGGCUUCGGAGCUAGACAGAAAGCCACCAGCUAAACCAACCACCUCUCCAGAUCCUCCAGCAGUUCCCCGCAAGCCGCUCUUCAAUCUCUUUGCCCAAAUGGAAGUCCCACCGCCGGAAGCCACCCCUGUUAAGUCACCAGCAUUCCUCCCUACCAACAUCUCCUUUGAGCCCCCACCGAUGACACCAGUCCCAAUGCCUCAUACAACCAAACCAGUCCCAGACCUUCUCACUCAGCUCAACAGCGCCGGCUACACCGUGGAUCCCAGCCAGUGUCAAGCGUUGAUGGCCCUCCUAGCAAGCUUCUCCAAGACCACACCUGCUCCCACUCCCACCAAGGCUGCCACCGCCAUCACGCCGACCCAACUCUUUGCCUCCCCGGCUGCGACUGCUCCAAAUGCAUGCCUGACUCAGACCACCAUCGACCACGCUCCCCCGACUCCCAACGCGUGCCAUAUUCAGGGCACGCCGGGCGGCCUUCCGUCCACGCCAGCCGUUCCUACCGCCAUUCACCAACCAACGACGCCCACAGACCAACCAACGUCGCCCCUCACUCAGCCACUGACUCCUCCCAGCUACACUGCCGCGGCUCACCGUGGCGCCCAGGCCCCGCCUCCCCCGAAGACCUUCGAUGACAACUACCGUCCAUUCCUUCAGAUGAGAUCCAAGUCCAUCCCCGACCCGCUCCAGCCAAACAAUGCCUUCGAAGACCCCUGUGAUGGUCCUGUGGCACGUUUCCAAGUCGUCUACACCCACUUUGACGGAGAAGACACCUCGGCCCUCGAAAUCGACAUACGGAACAUCAUCAAUGUCUCCAUCGAACACCACCGUUCCAGAUACGGCAUCAUCACCUUCCAAGUUCACUCCGUCAGGUUUAAGAACUGUCAGACCAUCAAGCGGGGCACCAAAGAGAUUGAGCAAUCCGUCUUUGCACUCACAGUCAGCCAUGCGCCCACUCAAGACCAAGCAGAUACAGGCCUCUUCUACGCCCAAGCAAAGGAGUUCUUUCGUCAACAAUGUUGCUUCCACACCGCUGACCACUACGAACACUUCCGGGGAGGCUUUACUCUCAAGUCCGGCAAGGCUAGGGACAGCCCGUCUACUCAUCCCGCGGCCACCCACCUUGUCAUCUUCGUCCCCGCCUGCAACUCCCACGUAGAAAAGGCACGAGGCCUAUUCCCAGGCUUCCUUAUCGGAGGAGCUGGCAACGGACCCCACGAGACCACUCCGGAGGCGAACGCACACUUCUUGCGCGCCCUCCACUCCCGCAUCGUCCCGCACCUGGAUCAAUCGAAUCCAUUUGCAAAGCAACUCAUCCCGUACGACGACUUCCACGACCACUUCGGUGUUCGUCCUUCCUACUUUGAAGCACGAGACCCCAGUAAUGGUUCCUCCAUCUCUACGACAGUUCUAUUCUCCUGUACCUCUCACGAGGGAUACGAUCAUGCGGUCCGCCAAGCCAUCUCACGAGCCAAGUCGUCUGAAGUCCCGCCCAUGUACGGCAAUGUUCCCCUGGACCCCAUCCCGUUCCCCACAGGUAAACACCGAUAUAAUCUAGUCCUCACCCAACGAAAUGCCCUGGCAACCAUCCGAGACUCUGGACAGGUGUCCGUGUUCACAUCAGCACGCCUCCGCAUUCCCCCACACCUGGCUGAAGACUUUGUCUCCAAGACGCCACGGCUCCUGUUCUUUGCAUACCGCUUCCGGCAAUACGACUCUGAACCCAGCGACCAUACACUGUUUUUUGACUGCCAUUACACCAACAAGAAGAUCAAGGAGGAGACGGUGCACAAACAUGUACCCAAAGAGUAUUACAUCGGCCCCCCACCGGAGCCUGCUCCUCCACCCGAACACACAACCCAAGCACGGAAGUUCCCAAACCAGCCCUUGCUUCCAUCCUUCCUUCGACCCAAGCCUGCCCCAUCACAACCCUCAGCAGCCACCAAAUCUCCCCUUACCGACCCGGCUCCAACCAAACGCCCUCGGAUGAACUCCCCAGUGCCCUCAGUUGCACCAAUGGAUCAUGCCCCCACUCCUGCACCUCCAGGAUUCCCAGUCCAACCCUCUACAGCAACACCACCCUACCCCACUACCAUUCCGGAAGCCUACGCCAACCACCCCAACCUUCAACUCUUCUUCAACCCCACCUACAAAAGUUUCGUUGAUGAAUUUUACGGCAUCAGUGAAAGCCAAACAGCCAUUGCUGAAUACGAGAUGGCGCGCCUCAAUGUUGCCACUCACCUCAAGCCACACUACGAAGUUUUUGUUCGAAUGCUGAUGAAUGCCAUC